AUGGAUCACCAAUAUCAAGCCAUUUACUAUAAUCAUAAUACUACCAACAGUCGAUUACCUCUCACACCCAAUAACAGCAAUUCGCCACCGUCUGUCGUAGACCCCAGAGAAUGCCCACCGCAUUCCUCUACUGCCAAAGACGCCAACGAACAUGGCAGUAAUUCUGAUACACUUCACGAUUACCCACAAGAGAUAACUUGGCUUUUCUUUCGAGAUAAUAAAUGGGUUCCUUUUCAAUCCAAUAACCAUUACAAAAUUGAACAAGCUUUCACUCUAGGAGGUAUGAUGCUAGUAGUCGUAUUUUAA